AUGGUCCAGAAGUUCUGCGGCCAUUACGCUAGGGCCGUGCGCACUAAGAAGAGUGGUACAACUGAGGCGGAGACGGUCGUGGAGGCAUGCAAGAUGUUUCAAGCCGCGGAGCACAAGGAGUUCACGUUGCUGCCGUGUUGGAGGGAGUUGCGGAAUCAUCCGAAGUGGCAAUCGGAGUCCUCGCGCAAGAAGCAGAAAACCGCCGCUUCGGGAAGUCCCUCAUCGACGCAUCAGGUAGCGUCUUCAGCUGGGAUGAACAACCCUGAAGGAGCGGAUGCACCACCUUCCAACUGCAGUCCACGUGCCAAGAGGCCACCAGGUCGCACGCGCUCGAAAGAGGUGGCACGGGGUACUUCCUCCUCUAGUUCUGCUUCAGGGCCCAUGACAGAGCUAUUUGACCGGCAGUUGGCAAUGAAAGAGAUGAUUGAGAAGGAAAGGGCUAAGAGGUUUGCAGAGUUGAUGGAUGUUGAGCGGAAGAAGCUCCGGUUCGAGGAGGAGCGUAUGCAAAUGGAAAAGGAGAAGGAGGAGAGGCACAUAAUGAACAUGGAUAUUUCACAAAUGGAUGAGGACCAGCAAGCCUACUACAAGAGUCUCCGGUAG